AUGGGUAACGCAAACUCCCAAAUGCUCGAGAACCUGGUUCAGGGCAGUAACUGUACGUCUUGCACGACAACACUCGCCCUCCCUGCCCGCUUCAUGAAGCUCGACAAGGACAACUCUGGCACCAUUGAACGCGACGAGUUCCUUUCCCUUCCUCAGGUCUCUUCCAACCCUCUCGCCACACGCAUGAUUGCCAUUUUCGACGAGGAUGGCGGCGGUGAUGUCGACUUCCAGGAGUUUGUCUCGGGCCUCAGCGCCUUCAGCUCAAAAGGAAACAAGGAGGAAAAGCUACGUUUCGCCUUCAAGGUCUACGACAUUGACCGUGACGGCUACAUCAGCAAUGGCGAGCUCUUCAUCGUUCUCAAGAUGAUGGUCGGAAGCAAUCUCAAGGACCAACAGUUGCAGCAGAUUGUCGACAAGACCAUCAUGGAAGCCGACCUCGACCGCGACGGCAAGAUCAGCUUUGAAGAGUUUACAAAGAUGGUCGAGAACACCGACGUGAGCAACAGCAUGACCCUGGAUGCCUUCUGA